CCUUUAAAUACAUAUGUACCUGAUUUAUAACAAGUUGGUUGGUGUCUUUGUACGGCGGGACGUAUUAAACGCCCCACUCAGACCUCUCCUUUUCACGGGAACAUUUUUCCCACCACGGGUACGGUAGCCCAGGAGCGCAAUUCUACUCCGUUCUCAACUGGACUGGCUUCUUACAUUCACGUAGGUGCCAACUGCCUAAUUGCAUUCAUAAAUGUAAUGGAUACAAAGCACUCGUCCCAUCAGCAGAACAUUCGUCAGUAUGUUCGUCAUCUCAACUUCGCGAAAGUGUAAAGUGUGAUGCAGAUGUUUGUCACAGUCGACUGUCAGAGUUCCCUCGCUGUAAUGCGAUCUCACUUGUCGCGUGUAUUUACCAGUGAAAGUCACGCAGCACUCGAGAGACUGCUCUGAUUGCUAUUCAUUUCACUUCGAGGGGAUGGAAAUCCGAAGUUCUCAAAUAUUCGUCCCGUUGACGCUUUUGCUCUUGGGAAUUGUGACUAUUCUUUUGCUCACCAUUUCGUCCAGGGAUAUUUAUGCACCUCCACCUGACAUGUAUGGGAUUGUGUUGGAUGCGGGAUCCUCCCACACGUCCAUGUACAUCUACAAGUGGCCAGCGGACAAACUGAACGACACAGGCGUCGUCAGCCAGCACAGCGAGUAUCAUGUGAAAGGAGGGGGAAUCUCCAGCUAUGCAGGCAAACCAGGAGCUGCUGCUCUCAGUCUGGAAGACUGUCUCAAGAAUGCCACAAUGGAAAUCCCUAAAGCACGUCAUCAGCUCACACCUAUCUACCUGGGUGCAACAGCUGGGAUGAGGCUCUUAAAUAUCUCCGACCCUAAACGGUGUGCAAGUGUUCUUAAGGAGGUUGGUGAGAAGAUCAAGAGCUAUCCCUUCAACUUUAAGGGGGCAGCGAUUAUUAGCGGGCAGAAAGAGGGCGCAUAUGGCUGGGUAACUGUGAACUACCUGCUGGAGAACUUCAUUAAGUAUGGAUUCAUAGGCCGCUGGCUGAGACCAGGAAAGCCAACAGUCGGGGCACUGGAUUUUGGAGGGGCCUCCACCCAGAUCACAUUUGUGAACCAGGAUCAUGCAGAGAACCCAGAGGAACAGAUGGCACUGCGGCUCUAUGGGCAAAACUACACGCUGUACACCCACAGCUUCCUCUGCUAUGGCCGGGACCAGAUGCUGCUCAAGCUCCUGGCUCAAAUUUUGAAGUCUCAGAGCUCUGGACCUACUGUGUCCCACCCCUGUUAUCCAGAAGGCCUUGUGGUGAACGUAACCCUGCGAAGUGUGUUUGACUCUCCCUGCACAACCUCCUUGAGACCCACACCCUACGACCCAGAGGCAACUGUUACACUGAAGGGCACCGGCGAAUAUGCCUUCUGUCGGGGCAACAUGUCUGAGAUCUUCGACUUCCAGAACUGUUCCUUUUCCAAGUGUUCCUUCGAUCAGGUCUUCCAGCCCAACGUCAGUGGCAACUUCAUGGCAUUCUCAGCUUUCUUCUAUGUGCAUGCAUUCUUGGAACACAUCACUGGGGUAGCUGUGAACACUCCGGCUAAACUGGAGGAAGCAACCGGAGCUCUCUGUAAGAUGAGCUUCAAUGAGAUGUUUAGGAAAGCUCAAAAAGAAGGAUCACGCCUGCAAGAUUACUGUGCUGCCUCUGUGUUCAUCAACGAGCUCCUGCUCAAAGCCUAUGCUUUCGAUGAAGAGUCCUUCACAAAAAUUGACUUCCAAAAAAAGGCAGGAGAUACCUCUGUGGGCUGGGCUCUAGGCUACAUGCUAAUUCUAAGCAACCUGGUGCCAGCCGAGAGCCUCUCACUGAGGAAAGCCCUGCUCCCUAAUAUCUGGGUCUUCUUAAUCGUUCUCUCCACGCUGCUGCUUGUCGCUGCCCUGGGGCUUUUGGUCCACCACUCCUACCGACAGCAGAAGGGAGCCAGGGGUGAUCCCUAGAGCCCAGCAGAGGAGGUGUAGGCUGGUGGCUGGCCUUGGGACUAGACCUCUGAUGUUACUGAUUCAUUCCAGAAGUAUUUGUAUGGGAAUGCACCGUGACUCCUGAGAGAGGAGUGUUUUCUUAUUUCUUUCAAGUGUUGUAUUGGUCCAAUGGCAGCUGUAAUUACAAACAAGUUAAAUUCUCUUUUCUUGGUUAUGGACUUAGUUAGGUACCAUGGCUCUUAUUGAGGCAGUUGACGUUUGCUGAUGACUGAGUGAAAUCUGUAUAUAGAGUAUUAGAGGCUUACAGAGUAUGGGUACAAUGUUGAAACCCAUUCUGUGAUAGGUUGAUGGAUGGAUGUCAAGCUACUCCAUUAUUACUUCAUACUUGCUUUCGAGUGUUUAAGUUUCAAUUUCCAAACAUGCUUAACAGUCUUUCCAGGCAAACAACUUGAAAACAACUUAUGUGCAUUGUAAACCAAUGUUUAACCAAUGAUAACUUUUAUUUAAUUUGCUUAUUAAAUCUGUGUUUUCCAUUA